AUGAAAGUAUUUUCUUCAUAUAAUGUCUAUUUAGACCAAAAAAAAAAAUUUAAAGAAGUUAGUUAUAAUAACAAUGAAUUAGAUAAUACAAGAAAUAAAAAUAUAGCCGAAGAUGACUAUUUUGAAAUAAUAAUUAUUAAUGAUAAAGAUGAAGCCUGGUUUAAUUUAAGAGAUUUGAAAAAUUUAAUAUUUAAUUGUUUUGAAAAUAUUGAUGAAAACAGGCAA